AUGGCGGGACGGCGCGGGGAGGACUACCUGCAGCUGUUUGUGGAGGAGGGGGACUGGUACGAUCGCAUUGUUCUGGGGACGCUACUUCCCGAGUGGGCGUGGGAGUCUCUUCCGCGGCCUGCGCGGUCGUGGCUUCGCAACUACAUCGGCGGUGUUCUGCUUUACUUCGGCUCCAGCCUUCUCUUUUGCUUCUACUUCUACCACUGGAAGCGCAAUGUCUACCUUCCAAAAGGUAGACUUUUCGUUUCUCUUUAUUAAAGUUUGACCCCAAUUUCGGAUCUCCAGUGGUUGUGAGCUCACCGUCGCAAUCGAUUCUGUAGAUCUCUGUAACACUCGUUUCUCUGAAGUUCCCAUUGAUUCCUACCAUCUUUCUGUUCCGCGCUUUCGUUUUUUAUCAUUUCUGGUUAAUAGUGGUUAUGCAUUGGGUGCUGUCUUCCAGUCCUCGGCAGUAGUUCAUAGGAUAUAAUUUCUUUCCGUACAUUCUAUUUUACUGUUUUUCCUUGUAACAUGGUUUGAGUUAUCUGUCGUGGAUACCCGCCAACUUGCAAACGCCUGCAAGCUUCUUCAAUGAUGCUUUCUUUCUUAAAAUCUCAUCUGUCGAUGAAAUUUAUUUUCUGUGAAAGAAUGAAUGUGAGAAACUGUUAUUAUCUGGGAAAUUGUAUGAUUUUUUCUUAAAGAUUCGGAAUCUUUGAAUAUCAGUAUAUUUUCUCUAACGUUUUAGCUCAGAAAGCAAAUUCGAUCUAAUUUGAAAGUUUUUUCUUUAAUAUUCUAGAGCUUAUUUACCGAAAUAAUAUGCAUUACUGUUACCCAUUGGCUAACAGUGUUGCCAUACAUUCGUGAAUACAUAAAAUUAUCUCUUAGCUAAUGUAUGAGUUUAAGGUACAUCCAGGCAUUUUAUGCUAACAAAUGGAUAAAAUGUUCGGUAGUCAGCGAUGAAAGUUUUUAUUUUCAACAUAUAUUUUAACUUUGAUGAAUAUUAUUAAAUAUAAUUACUUUUUUGAUAAAAUUAACAUGACAUAGGAUGCAUAUUUUUGUCGUGAUUUUAAUUAUAUUAUCCUCUGAACUAAGUUCGACCAUGCUGCGUACAUACAAGAAUCAAGUAUCAUUGUCUUUAACUGUCGUCUUCAAAUUAUUCUGAGAUUUGUAAAGGUCAUAAAACUAAAUCAGCAAUUGCAUGCAUUUUAAAAGAAACUGACGAUUUAGUCAGGCUCUCUUAUGGUUAUGAAAUGGAUUGAAUGAUGCAAUUUAUCUUUGACCUUUUCUAACGUUUCUAGGAUCAAAAUUUUAGUCAUUACUCGUGUGAAAAUGUAUUACAUUACGCUGUACAAUUACAUGAACAAUGAAUUUCUAGUAACUCCACAAGAAUGUCAAAGUGGUGUGGUACUGUUACGUUUUGUGUGCAUCUAUUGAAAUAUUAGAUAUAAUUUUCAGUGGAUGCAAAUGGUGUUGUUUUACCCGAAACCAGAACUCUGACUCUACUUAUGUGUCACAUCGUCAUAAUUUUAAAUGGUCAUUCAAUUCAUACUCUCUGGGUUUUGUGAACCACCUUCUCUAGAACACUGUGAUAGUGUGGUAAUUUCGAUCUCAAAUAAUGCGACUGUAAGAUAGUUACCCACCAGAUUUUGAGGUUUCUGACGAUAAGAAUGUAAGGACUGGGAUAAAAAGUAGAUACCUGAACAAAGAAUCAGUUCAUUAGUCCACCAGAUCAUUUCAUAGAAUUUCUUCAUUUUCCCAUGCACUUAGAACAAAAGGGUUUAUUUGAUGCAGGCAUCAUAAUUUUUCUGGUUGGAUGGUUUGGUGUAUGUCGCCUUGUUGAUGGCUUUCAUCUCUUUGCAAAUGAGACCGUGUAUUAGACUAGAAACUGUUUAUCCAACCUUUUGGGUGACCCGUAUGAUUUUAUGUUCAACACAGACUGCAGAUUUUAUUUUCACAUAAUUAAACAAGAUUUGGAUGUUGCGAUUUCUGGAGGCCAAAGUUUGAAUUGCACAGUUUGGACAAAAGAAAUUUCUGCACUAAUGUUGUCGUGCUUCAAACAUUUAAUAUAAGGUGUUCUUUUCUAUGAAAUCGUUUAGUUAUGUUUCUCGGAAUUAUUCCUGUUCUAUAAUGAAGUUUUCUCCAUGGUUGAAGCCACUUUCAUGUUCAGAUUACAAUCUUAGCAUAAUCUAGACACGCACUGCAUUCUAUGUUGUCACAUGAGUAGCAAAGUCUGGUCUAAUUUGCUCAACGUAGCAUCUCCGUGUUUCCUCAUCAGUUUCUUUCUGCUUCAAGCCCAUAUAUUGAGGUUUUUCCUCACUUGUCAAUGAUUUUUCUUACAAGGGGUUUCUGUAUGAUAAUAGCUUCGAUGUUCAGAGAUCCCAUGUUUUCAUUGGAUCAUGAUUUUUUUUUCUUCUAAAAUUUCAUCUUUAAAAUUAUUUUGGUGGGGGGUUGAGCUAUGAAAAGUUAUGGAAGGCCAUCUUGGAUGAUGUGGUAUAGAAUCCGUCACAUAGCUUUCGUUUUGUCCUUUACUGUUUAAAAUUACGUUAUUAUGUCAAAUCCUUACAUUACUGCAGUUCGAUUUUGCAGUGGAUCAAAGAACAAUGUUUUCUUUCUGAUCUCUUUGGCAUAAAGCACUGCAACCCAAUGAUCAUUAGCUAAAAGUAAUAGUAUGGACUUUGGUCACACGCAAUCAGUUAGACAUUUGGUUACUUACGCAAUGAAGAAAUAUGUCUCGACAUUUGUCUGAAUCUCUUCUUUCAGCUUGAUGUCUGAAUUUCUGCUUUUCAUGCAGAUUCCAUCCCUUCAAAUAAAGCCAUGCUUCUGCAAAUACUUGUUGCAAUGAAAGCGAUGCCUUUGUACUGUGUUCUUCCAACAUUAUCCGAGUACAUGGUUCAAAAAGGGUGGACUCGUUGUUUUUCAGCCAUAAGUGACGUCGGUUGGGUUCUCUACAUUUUCUAUAUAUCUAUAUAUUUAGUGAUAUGUGAGUUCGGAAUAUACUGGAUGCAUAGAGAGUUGCAUGACAUCAAGCCACUUUACAAGUAUCUACAUGCGACACAUCACAUCUACAACAAACAGAAUACACUUUCUCCAUUUGCUGGUAUGCUUCGCUGUCUAGUAGAACUUCUUUCAAACAUCUGUCUUCUGAAUGAUUUCUGAGAUGAUGUCUUUUCUCAUCAAAUAUAUGGCCUUGCCUCUAGUAGUACUGCGCUACGAACCUUGUUAGGAAGUUUUCGUUCACCUGGAACUUGUCUCUAUGUUGCACUGCGAAACAUUUUAUCAAAAUUUCGUCCAUUUGAAGUUGUCUGAGAACCUUGCCAUUGGGCCAGCACUAACCUCCCAUUAACCCUCUUACUGAGAAGUUAGGGGGUUUAUGGCGGUUCUUCUCGGACGACUGAUCUGCAAGAGGAUUGGACUUUGGAGAUCGACAUUGGCUCGCAUUAUUGCAAGACAGUCAUGGAUUUUUUUUCAUUUAUCGGUAAACACCGGCUGAUGAUCUUCUUCUUCUUCCUCUUCUUCUUCUUCUUCUGCUCCACAGGGUUGGCGUUCCAUCCGCUAGAUGGGAUACUGCAGGCGUUGCCGCAUGUGAUCGCGCUGUUCCUCGUGCCGACCCAGUUGAUGACCCACAUGGUCCUCCUCUUCUGCGAGGGCGUGUGGACGGCCAAUAUCCAUGACUGUGUCCACGGUGACGUGUGGCCCGUGAUGGGCGCUGGGUACCACACCAUACACCACACGACGUACCGCCACAACUACGGCCACUACACCAUCUGGAUGGACUGGAUGUUCGGCACCCUCCGUUACCCUGAAGAGGACAUGAAGAAGGCCAACUGA